AUGUCGUCUGCCAUACAUGAGAAAAUACUACUUAUGAAGAUUUACGUGCGCCGCUAUUUGUUGACACGGAGAGGUAUUCGCAGUCGAAAUGACACGUUCACACUGAACCACGGCUUCACAUUCAAGGAAGCGGUCCCGGUCGUCUACACAACGUCUCUUGUUGGGGCGUGA